AUGAAUCGACACUUCACUGCUGCUUUUUGUUUGGCUCUAGUGUUUUUCCCCUUGUUGAGCAGGUCAUGUCCUGCACAGUGCAGCUGCUUCUUCCACAAACUCAGCGAUGGAUCUAAAGCAAGGAGCGUGCUUUGCAAUGACCCGGAGAUUACAGUGAUCCCGCCAAAUUUCCCCACUGACACAUCAAAGCUGCGCAUCGAGAAGACAGCAAUCACGCGGAUUUCCAGCGACAACUUCCACUACCUCAAUAAUCUGGAGUUUCUUUGGAUGUCUUUCAAUUCACUGAAUUCACUGACAGCCGACAGCUUCCGGGGACUUUACAACCUGAUUGAGCUGAGGCUGGACGGAAACGCGCUCACCUCCUUCCCCUGGGGUUCUCUGACUGACAUGCCAAACCUGAGGCUCCUUGAUUUACACAAUAACAAGAUCUCCACCAUCCCAGCUGAAGCAACCGCCUACAUAAAGAACAUCACCUAUCUGGACCUGUCGAGCAACAGCCUGGCGACCAUUCCCGGUGACGUUCUCACCCUGUGGCUGAGCGUGAAGCCGUCCCAGGAGAGCGACUCCUCCAAACUAAUUCUAGGUCUUCAUGACAACCCGUGGAUGUGCGACUGUCAACUGUACGAUCUGGUCCAGUUCCAGAAAUCCCCCUCGUCGUCCGUGGCGCUCAUAGACACGCGGCUGAAGUGCGCCGACCCGGAGAGCCUGUCCGGGGUUCUGUUCACCGAAGCGGAGCUGCAGAGGUGCCAGGGCCCCCGGGUGCACACGGCUGUAGCUCGAGUCCGGAGCUCGCUGGGCAACAAUGUCCUCCUGCGCUGCGGUACCGUCGGAGUUCCCAUUCCCGAGCUGUCCUGGAGCCGCGCCGACGGCAAGAAAAUGAACGGCACCAUUCAGGAAGAGGUCUCAAAGGAGGGCAUCAUCUGGUCGAUUCUCAGCGUGCCCGCCGUCUCUUACCGCGAUUCUGGGAAGUACGUGUGCAAAGCGACCAACUUCGUGGGCACCGCUGACGCCAUCAUCUCCCUGGUCAUCACAGACUCCAUUCGGUCCGAAGAAGCAGGUGGCGCUUCCCCCAAGAGAGCGAGAGGGAAGAGGCCUGGCGGCAUUGGACGCGCGGCAUACCAGGAGAAGCUCAUUGCCAGAUAUGUCCCACCGCCGACCAGCGCAGCUGCGCAACCCAUCAUCGAACCCCUCAACGGCAAAGGCGUGACGGGGAAGUAUGAGAUUGAGAGCUACAGCGUCUCCGAUGGAGCUUCGCAGGGAGCAGGCAAGGCGUCAGACCUUCAAAAGUCCGUGGAGGUGCCGCCGGAUGCUUUGAGUAACUUGGCAGCUAAUGCCUCCUCCUUACAGCAAGCCCCUGAGAAAAGGGUGGUGCGAUCGGUGAAAGUGAUCGGCGACACGGACCACACCGUCUCGCUGAACUGGCGGGCUCCGACGUCCACGAACACCACGGAGUUUAGCGUCCUUUACGCAGUGUUCGGCGAGAGGGACAUGCGCCGGAUCAAUGUGGGCGCCGGAAAGAACCGCAUCACGAUCGACGGCCUUGUGCCAAAGACAAAGUACAUUGCUUGCGUUUGCGUCAAAGGCCUGAUCCCCAAAAAGGAGCAGUGCGUAAUCUUCUCAACAGAUGAGGCGGCGAGCGCCAGCGGCACUCAGAAGCUCAUCAACGUGGUGGUGAUAACCGUGGCGUGUGUGAUUGCCGUCCCCCUGACACUCAUUGUUUGCUGCGGGGCGAUCAAGAAACGCUGCCAAAAACUGCUGGGGAGACAAACCAAGGAAAUGCAGGACUCGUACGUCACGUUUGAGACCCUCGCCCCAAACGCCAGAGCCAGAGGGAUGGAGGGCGAGUACCUCACCCGGCUGAAUCCCGACGAGUCCAACAGGCUGCUCUCGGCGAGGUCAAGUGUUGACUCGGAGGCCACAGCCAGGACUGAAGGGCCGCCCAAUGAGUACUUCUGCUAG